UAAAAAUCCCACUUGAAUUCUAAGUACUUCACGUUCAUAAAAUAAUAAUAAUAAUAAACAAAGUUAGGGUUUGCUAAAAUGGCGAGUUCAAUUGCCCCCAGAGUGGAGAGCUUGGCAAGUAGUGGGAUUCAGUCAAUCCCGAAAGAGUAUAUUAGACCUAAGGAAGAGCUGGCAAGUAUAGGCAAUGUAUUCGAAGAAGAGAAAAAAGGAGGACCACAGGUUCCAACCAUUGACUUAAAGGAUAUCGAGUCCGAGGACAUCAAGGUGCGCGAGAGAUGUCUCCAGGAGUUGAAGAAAGCUGCCAUGGAGUGGGGCGUGAUGCACCUUGUUAACCAUGGGAUCUCGGACCAACUCAUGGACCGUGUCAGGAUCGCCGGGCAGAAGUUCUUUGAACUCCCUAUCGAGGAGAAAGAGAAGUAUGCCAAUGACCAAGCUUCGGGGAAGAUUCAAGGCUACGGCAGUAAGCUUGCUAACAAUGCUAGUGGCAAGCUUGAGUGGAUAGAUUACUUCUUCCAUCUUGUCUUUCCUGAGGACAAGAGAGACCUGUCAAUCUGGCCUAAAACACCCAGUGAAUACACUGAAGUUACAAGUGAGUAUGCAAGGCAACUUCGUGGCCUAGCCAGCAAAAUUUUUUCGGCAUUAUCACUUUGCUUGGGAUUGGAAGAAGGCGGGCUAGAGAAGGAAGUUGGUGGAUUAGAAGAGCUUCUCCUUCAAAUGAAAAUCAAUUACUACCCCAAAUGCCCUCAACCAGAGCUGGCUCUAGGUGUGGAAGCUCACACAGAUGUAAGUGCACUCACUUUCAUUCUCCACAACAUGGUUCCAGGUCUGCAACUCUUUUAUGAAGGCAAGUGGAUUACCGCGAAAUGCGUUCCAAACUCCAUCAUCAUGCACAUUGGCGACACCAUUGAGAUCCUCAGCAAUGGUAAGUUCAAGAGCAUUCUCCACAGGGGUUUAGUUAACAAGGAGAAAGUUAGGAUAUCAUGGGCAGUUUUCUGUGAGCCACCCAAGGAGAAGAUCAUUCUCAAGCCACUGCCCGAGACAGUGUCCGAGACGGAGCCUCCAUUGUUCCCGCCUCGCACCUUUGCUCAGCUUAUCCAGCACAAGCUAUUUAAGAAGACCUAGGAUGGUUUUUCUGAUCAAGACCGAUCUAAAAUUAUAUAAGCUGUUCAGUAUCCUUUCGAAGUUUGGGGAUGAGCCAUAAUGGUGUCUUUCAUCCCUUUGCUUCAUUUACCUGUUUUGUGGAAUAAUGGGAGACUGAAUAGCUUCCCUGUAUGAAGCUAUUUGUGGAA